CCAUUAGCGUUCAGCGCUACUGACAUGAACAGAUUGUUUGCUUGACUGACGCAGAGGCACUUCCGCUUUAUUUUCAAAGUAAAAUUCAAGUAUAUAUAAAAACUGGUGAUUUGCAAACAAUGAGUACCCAAUCAGUAAUCAAGCUACCAACUCCACUAGGCGCACUAAAAUAUCAUGUAUUUAUUUCGUCUACUCUACCGUUUCACAUCAUCAUCAAAAAUAGUUGAGGCUUUUAUUCUGAAAGCGAAGCUCUGACACCGGAUGUUGUCAUGCACUAAAACAGCACUCCGCAUGUUAUCUUUGUUAGCCAGGUUUCUUUAACCAGUGUUUGAUGCCUUAACAUCGAUUUAAAAUUAAAAAGCUAGAAAAGUUAUUAAUGAAAAAUUUAUUCACGACAUCCCAGUUUGUUGGGUGUUAAUGUUUACGUUUUGAUAUCGUUUAAGUCAUGCAUUUGCAUCGAAAUCUAGAGGUGUAGUUUUAUAGGUUGUUGCUCUUCUACAGGGUCUAAAGAAGCUCUAGAAGAUGUCAAAUGAUCUUGCUGGUGUGUGGGAGGUUGCUCUUAGUGAUGGGGUCCACAGGAUAGAGUUUGAGCACGGCACGACCACCGGGAAAAGGAUCAUCAUUGUGGAUGGAAAGGAGGUGCUGAGACGAGACUGGAUGUUCAAACUUGUGGGGAAGGAGACUUUCAAUGUGGGAAAAUCGGACACCAAAGCAACCAUUAACAUCGAUGCAGUCAGCGGGUUUGCCUAUGAGUACACCCUGGAGAUCAACGGGAAGAGCUUGAAGAAGUACAUGGAGAACAGGUCAAAGGUCACCAGCACCUGGGUGCUCAACUUGGACGGUGUUGACUGCAGGGUGGUCCUAGAGAAAGACACGAUGGAUGUUUGGUGUAAUGGACAGAAUAUUGAGACUGCCGGGGAAUUUGUGGAAGACGGCACAGAAACACAUUUCUCACUGGGAGACCACAACUGCUGCGUAAAGGCAGUGAGCAGUGGGAAGAGACGAGACGGGAUCAUUCACACGUUGCUUGUGGACGGCACAGAGAUAGCUGAAUGCACAGAGUAACUCUAUGUUUGUGUGAGUGUGUGUGUGUUUGUAUGAAGCAGCGUUUUUGGUUUGGCUCUAGGUAACAGUAAGACAGAGAGGUGUGUGUGUAGAGCAGGAGAUUGUUAUUCAAACCAGUCGGAGUCAGUGAUGAACUCAAAGAUUCACUCCUGUGAUUGACCGGCUUUGCUGUACACAUAUCAGCCAAAACAUUAAGAACACUAACAGUUUAUCACCUUGUUAUAAUGACACCUGUCAGCAGGGAUAAGUUAGGCAGCGAGUGAACAUUCAGUCUCUGAAGUUGAUGCAUGGACACAGGAAAAAUGGGCAGUUUUAAGGAUGUGAGCAGCUCUGAAGAGGGACAACAUGAGAUGGCCGGAUGACUGGGUCAGAAGAUAUGAAGACUGCAGCGCUUUAUGGGGGGGUUCAUGGUCUGCAGCUGGUGAACCAGCAACAGGGUCCUGGGCAGCCUUUAAAAAAACGAUAUAUAGAGGCAUUUGUUAGGACACUUUCCGUCCUCAACAUCUGUUGGCGCUAUGACAACCACAGAUGCAUAUGCCUGAAAGUGGUCAGUUAACACAGUCACUCUUUAAGCCUUAACACAGGUCUGAGUGGUCCGAUCCAACAAGCUACUUGAGCUCAAAAUGCUGAAAGGGUCCACCCUGGUUUUUUUAAUUGGAAGGGGUCAGAACACAAAGUGUCCAGACAGGUCAGUGCUGUUUUGGGGGGACCUACACAAUAUCAGGCGGGUGGUCAUAAUGUUAUGGCUGAUCAGUGUAUAUUUAUACUUUCAUCAAUUUCAGUAAUAUUCUCAUCAUUGGAGGCCUGAUGUGCCAUAUUUAUCUAACUCAGCCUGGCUCCAUUGUUCCUCCUGUACCAUGUACCGUACAUGUUGUCCUUUUGUUUAAACCAAAUUAGACCGACACCUGGUCCUGUAGACCCCAGACUCAACCUGUUCUCCCUCUAAUCAUUCUAAUACCGCAGAGUAGGAGGAUUUAAGACAGAGGAUCACGAGUGUCAUUAACUGUAGUAUCAUUCCAGUGUGCGAUGCUAAGGAAUGAUUGUUUUUGUGCUCUGUUGAAAUGUUAAACAUUGUAUGUUGGUUCGUGUGUGGAUAUUUCAGUAUGUUGUUAGCUCUUAGCGGACUGCUGUAAAUGUCUUUGUCUACUAUUUAAAAGCAGUAAUAAUUUCAAAGACAAUCAAGCAGCUGUGACAGCUGUGUUUGGAACUUUGUCUCAUUUAUUGUGGAAAAGCCAGAUAUUGUUGUUGUCACACUGAACUUAAGUGUGACAUUUUUAUAAAGUCCCAGUUGCUUAUUAAAGUUAUUUACAACUUGA